AUGGAUCCUCGUCCAAGGGUGAUAUGUCUUCCAAACACCAUGACAAACUGGCCCUGGCCCCGCGCGAUGAAUCCUCAUUAUGAAGUUGUGAAAGCUGAAGUCGAUGCUUCGUUCCGUGAAUUCAAGGCUCUGAGUGCCGAGUCACAGGAAGCGUACGACAAGUGUGAUUCUGAACACCUUCGAGUCGCCUGCGAGCUCAUCAAUGUUUUCCUCAUCGUGGACGAGUACACCGACGUUGAAAAUGCAGCAGUUGCCGAAGCAAUGGUGGGCAUCGUCAUUGAUGCCCUACACAAUCCUCAUAAGACGCGACCAAAAGGCGAGUGCAUCCUCGGUGAAAUCAAAUUUUUACGCAGAUUUUGGGCUCGUGCGAUUGAGACCGCAAGCCUACCUUUUCAACGUCACUUCCUUGACAGCUACACCGCAUACCUUCGUGCAGUAAUUGUCGAGGCUCUCGAUCGCGACAAGGCUCAUUGCCGUAGUAUCGUUGAUUACAUCAAGCUCCGGCGGGAUACAUGUGCUGCAAAACCUGCCAUCGCAAUAUAUGAAAUGGCAAUGGAUCUUCCCGAUGAAGUGUUUUAUCAUCCCGCCAUUGUCGAACUGGUCGAAUGCAUUGCAGAGUUGAUGAUGAUUGACAAUGACAUGAUCUCGUACAACAGAGAGCAAGCGACAGGGGAUGAAAACCAUAACUUGAUCACUACUGUUAUGGUGGAACUUGGCCUCGACAGAAGCGGUGCCAUGGUCUGGGCAGCACGCUAUCACACCGAAGUCGAGAAAAGGUUUACCGAUGGUCUCGCCAAGGUACCUUCGUGGGGACCUUCCACCGAUGUUCUAGUCAAGGAGUAUCUUGAUGGGAUGGCAACAUGGGCUCGAGCAAACCAUUCUUGGAGUUACGAAACUCAAAGAUACUUGGGUACAAGGGGCCUAGAGAUACAACGAACUGGCCUUGUCCCAUUACUGCCCAGGGUCAACUGCAAAGCCUCAUCCGCGGGAGCAAAGGUUAAUGUGGCUGAUUUAUCCAUGAUGGAUGCCACAGCAGGCCGUAAGCAUAUAGAAGCUCCAGACCAACCCAACUCGUAACUAGUGUGUUCCACAAGCGCCGGGCCCACCGUCGCCCUAGGUGAUAAGUGUGAUAUAAUCCACAUCUGUUCAGAAGAACGGGCAUAGACCGCAGAUAAUGUUGUAGCGAAUAUGACAUUUAUCUUCAGGUGUGGCGCCCCUCUCGCAGAGUUCGCAGCUCGUUUUCCAUGCACGUACCUCACGUUUCGUCGACUGAUUGUUCAAGUUCGUCAGAUACACAGUAGUUUACAAUAAGCGAUAUCAUGAAUACAAUAUCUCUUUUCUACUA